AUGUCUGAGCCCAUCAGAAAUAAGAAGGCUGAUUUCCCGGUCGCUCCGACCCCGCAAAACACUCCCGCCAGCAAUGCUCCCAUCUCAUCUCACGCUCAGCAGCCUGGCGUGUCAAGCAUCUCAGAGGAAACUCUUGAGAAUGCGACAGCAGCUUCCCUUUUCGCCCGCAACCCAGCUCUCGUUUCCAUGAUCCAGGGUAAGCUCGGUCAGCUUGUCGGUCGUUCUUCAGGCUACGUUGAGUCCCUCCCUCCCGUUGUUCGUCGCCGUGUGGCUGGCCUGAAGGGCAUCCAAAAGGAACACGCCAAGCUAGAGGCACAGUUCCAGGAAGAGGUUCUGGAACUUGAGAAGAAGUACUUCGCCAAGUUCACUCCUCUCUAUGAGCGUCGUGCUACCAUCGUGAACGGUGGUGUGGAGCCCACCGAUAUCGAGGUUGAGGCCGGCAAGGAGGAGGGUGAAGACGAGGAAGAAGAGGAAAAAAAGGAGUCUGGAGAUGACAAGAAGGAUGAGGCUUCCCAGGCCGCUGGUAUUCCAGAGUUCUGGCUCUCGGCUAUGAAGAACCAGAUCUCUCUCGCCGAGAUGAUCACAGAGCGGGAUGAGGAGGCUCUUAAGCACCUCACUGAUAUUCGCAUGGAGUACCUCGACCAACCUGGAUUCCGCCUGAUCUUUGAGUUCUCUGAGAACGAAUUUUUUACCAACAAGACCAUCUCCAAGACCUACUACUAUAAGGAUGAGAGCGGCUACGGUGGUGAUUUCAUCUACGACCACGCCGAUGGCUCUAAGAUUGACUGGAAGGAGGACCAGGACCUGACUCUCCGUCUUGAGAGUAAGAAGCAGCGCAACAAGAACACCAAGCAAACCCGCGUUGUUAAGAUCAGCGUGCCUACCGAGUCCUUCUUCAACUUCUUUUCUCCCCCACAGCCCCCAGCCGAUGACGAUGACAACGAGUCUAUUGCCAGUGAUAUCGAGGAGCGCCUGGAGCUGGACUACCAACUGGGUGAGGAUAUCAAGGAAAAGUUGAUUCCCCGUGCCAUUGACUGGUUCACUGGCCAGGCUCUUCAGUAUGAGGAGUUGGGUGAGGACAUUGACCCCGAUGACUAUGAGGAUGAGGAUGAUGAAGAUGAUGAGGAAGAGGAGGAUGAUGAUGACGAGCAGGGAUCAGACCGUGAUAUUGAAGAUGACUCGGACGAAGAGGAUGGUACUUCCAAGCCUAAGAAGGAGGCUGCUGAAUGCAAGCAAAACUAG